AUGCUAUCUGAACAAACCCGUACCAUCAUCAAGGCCACUGUUCCAGUGCUAGAGAAGCAAGGUACUCAAAUUACCAAGUGUUUCUACGGUCACAUGUUGACUGAACACGAAGAGCUACUAAACAUCUUCAACAGAACUAACCAAAAGAUCGGUGCUCAGCCAACUGCUUUGGCUACCACCGUUCUAGCUGCUGCCAAGCACAUUGACAACUUGGCCGCUUUGCUACCUCACGUUGAACAAAUCGGUCACAAGCACAGAGCUUUGCAAAUCUUGCCAGAACACUACCCAAUUGUCGGUAAGUACCUAUUGAUCGCCAUCAAGGAAGUCCUAGGUGACGUUGCUACUCCAGAAAUCAUUACUGCCUGGGGUGAAGCCUACCAAGAAAUCGCCGAUGUCUUCAUCAGCGUUGAAGCUAAGAUGUACAAAGAAGCUGCUUGGCCAGGUUGGAAGCAAUUUGAAGUCGUUGGUAAGGACAAGGUUGCUGAAGACAUCUACGAAUUUACCGUCAAGCCAACUGGCGACUCUGGUGUCGAUCUAGCUAAAUUGCCAAUCAUCCCAGGUCAAUACAUUACCGUUAACUCACACCCAGUUAGACAAGACAACAAGUACGAUGCUUUGCGUCACUACUCUAUCUGCUCCGCUGACACUACUAACGGUUUGAAGUUCGCUGUCAAGUUGCAAACCUCUACUAACAACCCAGACGGUUUGGUCUCCGAAUUUUUGCAUAAGGAUGUCAAGGUCGGUGAUGUCUUGAAGUUGAGUGCUCCAGCUGGUGACUUCGCUGUCAACAAGGACUUGAUCAACCAAAACGACAUCCCAUUGGUCUUGUUGUCCUCUGGUGUUGGUGUCACUCCAAUUGUAUCUAUGUUGGAAGCUCAAGUCAAGGAAAACCCAAGCAGACCAAUUGUCUGGAUCCAAUCCGCUUACAACGAGCCACAUGUGGCUUUCAAGAACCAUGUCGACAACUUGUUGAAGCAAGCUAAGGACGCAAAGAAGGUUGUUGUCUUGACUGACAGCCAACCACGUAUCGACGACAAGUUCUUGAAGGAGAAUGUCCCAGCACACGCUGACGUCUACAUCUGUGGUUCUUUGAACUUCAUGCAAUCUAUGAUUGACCACUUCCAAGUCUUGGAACACAAAAACGAUAUGAUUCACUACGAACCAUUCGGUCCAAAGAUGUCCACCGUUAAGGUUUAA